AUGGACGACGAGGACUUCCUGCAUUGGGCCAAGGAUGAGGCCGCGCGUUUUUUCGGCACGGAGGAGGACGUGCGUCGCGAAAAGCAGGACUACGGUAUGUCCGACGAGGACUACUUUCUGGGCGAAAUCGGCCGCAUGUUGCAGACACCGGUCCCGAAAGGGCCCCAUCACGUUGACACAGGAGCGCGGUCCGCUCUGGACGAGCUGGACGAGGCGCUGGGCGACAUCCAGAGGCACGGCGCCACGCAUGACACCAUGACGGUCCAGGCCAGACCGCACCGGACCGGACCGCGCGAGGCGUCGUCGCACCGGGAGCUACGCAGCAGGGCGCACGGAGCCCCCACGGGCUACGCGGCGCGGCGGUUGCCGGGCAAGCAGCACGCGGAGCACAGCGCCGGCGCUCCGGCCGCGCUCGCGAGGGCGCACUCGCACGCCGGGGGGUACGCCGCGGCGCACGCGGCAGCGCGGGCGUCUGGGGUGAGCCACUACGGCCUGCGCCGAUGGGACAGCAGCACAGCUGUCGAGGGGCAGCACAUGGGCACCUCGACCAGCAGCGGCCUCCGCACCGCCGCGCCGUACCUGCCGCCCCCCGCCGCGCCCGCGCCGCACCCCGCCGCCCCGAAGCCCGCCCCGCGCGUCUGGGACGCGUACGAGGCCGUGUGCGACCACGGCCGCCGGUCCCAGCAGAACUCCCACGGCGGCGCGCGCGACGCGUGCGGCCCCUUCGACUGGGCCGCCAACCUCCGACGCGCGCAGGAGCAGGGCCGCGCCGUGCACACCGCCGCCGAGGACGCGGUCCAGCGGCUGCUCCGGGGCCCGCGGUCGGUCGUCUCGGGCGUUCUGCGUGCGUCAGGCCGGUUCUGCGAGCAGAUGAUGCGCAGCGCGGACCACGUGCUGGUUGCCGAUGCCGGCGGUGCGCGCGGGCAGGUGCUGCCGAGCGCGCUGCGGACCGCCGGGUCGCGCGGCGGGUCGCUGCAGGGCUCGCGGCACGGCUCGCCGACGUCCCGCGCGGGCUCGCGCGCCGGCAGCGCGCACGAGGCGCAGCAAGCGGCGCCGCCGCGGUACGUGUGGGCGUGGGUCACGGAGAAGCAGGCGAGCAUCGGGCGGCACGCGGCUAGCCAGGACGGCGCCUCGCCCGUCAGCGGCUGCCUGCUGGAGCUGCGCGGCGUCGAGGCGGCCGCGCGGCACGGCCGGGUGCUGUUGCAGCUCGGGUUCGUCGCCGCGGCGCCGGAAACGGUGCCGGCGACGUUGCGGAUCGAGUCCGGCGACAGCCUGACGCAGCCGUUCGCGCAGAUCGCCCCGGACGUCCCGCUCGCGGCGGUGCUCGGCCGCGGUCCCGUCCCCAUGUACCCGGUGUUGUCGAUCGACCCCACGCGGCUCGGGCGGUACGUGAGCCUGACGUUCACCGGCCUCGCCGACGGAAAGAAGCAGGGCGGGACCGGGAAGGCGAAGCAGGGGCGGAGGGAGCCGGCCAGGCACGCGCUGGUGCACCUUGCGAUGUCGUCGUCGCGCCGCGCCCCCGGGGCGGCCCUCGACGCUGCCGUCGACGUGCACGCCCCGAUCGUGGCCGCACCUGCCGAGGACGGGGCUGGGCUCGCGGCGGCGAAGGACGACGCGCCGGCGGACGCGGAGGGCGACGGACAGCGCACCGUGCCGCCAAAGGGCGCGGCCGCGGCGCCGGCGCGCGAGCCCACGAAGCCGACGGUGCGGCUGUUCUGGUCCAAGAUCGCCGCGCGGCAGGCCGAGGGCUCGGUGUGGUCCCAGAUGGACCUGGAGGACUUCGCAGCAGGCCUCGACUUUGAGUCUCUCGAGGAGGCCUUCCAAGCCAAGCAGUCCGGCAGCUCCGGGACCGCGACGGCCAUCGCAGCCGCCCUCGCGCGCGCCCGCGAGGCCCACACAUCGGUCCUGGACCUCCAGCGCGCCCGCAACGUCCAGAUCGUGCUGGCGCGCGUGCGCAUCCCGCUGGACGACCUCGGCGGCAUCGUGCAGCGCCUCGCGACCGCCGGGUUCUCCGGACCGGACGGCGACGCCGCGGCGGCCGCGCCCGAGCUCUCCGCGAACGACGUGCAGGCGUUGCUGACCGCGAUGCCCACGGACGCCGAGGCGCGGCAGCUGUGCGCGUACGUGGCCGGCGGGGGCGACGUCGCGCGGCUGGACCCCGCGGACCGCUUCAUGCUGCGGUGCUUGGAGGUGCCGCAGCUCGGGCAGCGGCUCCGCGCGAUCCGCGCGCGCGCGAGUGUGGGCCCGCGGACGGCGGCGCUGGCGGCGGCCGCGGACACCAUCGAGCGGGCGUGCGCGGAGGUGCGCGGGAGCGACACGCUGCGCGCGGCGCUGGGGAUCAUCCUCGCGGUGGGGAACUUCUUGAACGCCGGGAACAAGGCCGCGGGGAACGCGCGCGGGUUCGCGCUCGAGACGUUGGCGCGGCUCAAGAGCGUCCGGGACACGCGGCCGGGGCAGAAGAACCGGACGCUGCUCCACUUCGUCGCGAGCGAGCUGGUGAAGUGGUGCGAGCGGGCCGGGAAGCCGCUGUCGUCGCUGCGGCUGGUCGGCGGGCUGACGGCGAGCGCCGACGUGGUCAAGGGGGGAGUGCCGCCCCUGUCGGGCGAGGCCGCGCAGAUCGCGCGCGAGCUCGACGCCGCGCGCGACGCCGUCCUCGAGAUCCGCGCCGCCACGGACGCCGCCGCGGCCCCUGACGCAGGAGGACCGCCAAAACCCCCCCCGGGGGACACAAAGGGCGACAGCCCCGGGAACACGUCGCAGACCGACGGCGAGACCAUCCACACCACCGAGGUCGACGACGCGUCGUCCGCCAAGGACGCCGCGCCCCCCCCGCAGCCGCGGCCGGUCGACCCGUUCUGCGCGGGCAUGCUGGCGGUCUUCGACCAAGCCGCCGCGCAGCUCGCCGAGGCGCGCGCAGCCGCGCAGGCGUCCGAGGACAAGCUCCGCGCGGUCGUGGACUUCUUCGAGGGCCGCAACGCGGCCCCGGAGGCCCGCCAGCCCGCGCAGUUCUUCGCGCGGAUCGUGCAGUUCGGGGCCGACCUCGACGCGGCGCUGCGGGAGGUGUCCGAGCCUUACGCGGCGGAGGCGGCCGCGAAGGACGCCGAGAGCGCCGCGGCGCGCCGGGCGUCGUCCGCGGAGCCGUCGCGGCGCGCGCCGGGCGGCGCGCAGACCGUCCUGGCGGUCAAGGCCUACGCGAGACUCCCCCCGGGUAUGAGGAAGGCGAUGCUGACGGAGCGCGGGGCGCGCGAGCGGCUCCGCGAGCUCGGGAUCGUGCGGCGGCACUCGGACUGCGAGAUCGACGUGCUGCGCGAGCGCUUCGGCCCCGACGCGGCGCCGCGAGCGGCCGCGGUGGUCGCGGGCGGCGAGGGCGAGGCCCCCCCGCGCGGCGGCGACGAGGUGGCCCGGGCGCUGUACAGCCCCGUGGUGGACGCGUCGGGCUCCGCGACGCCGACGUCGUCGGAGGAGGCGGCCCUGCGCGCGCCGAGGUCGCCGGACGCCGGGCGGGCGUGGCACGAGCAGCUGGAGGCGGCGGCGGGGUCUGGGACCGCGCGGGAAGCGCCGGCGUCGAGCGUGGCGCGGGAGGCGAGCCUGGCGUGGCAGCUGGCGGCCGAGGCGCAGGCGCAUCGCGCGCGGGACGCGGCGCACGCGCCUCCCGGGGAGCAGCAUCCGGGGGGGGGUGCGGAGGGCGUCGCGACGGGGGCGAUCGCGGAGGAGUCCGACGCGGACGACUGGCUGCUGGACGGGACGCCGAUGUCUGCGGAGCAGCCCUCGGGCGCCCGCCUGUCGUUCUGCUGCGACACCCCGGACACCCCCCCCGACUCGCACUCGCCGCCCGACACCGACGCGGGCCCCGCCCAGGACGACGACGACGACGCGCCGUCGCCCGUCCUGCACCACACGGUCACGUUCCCGCUCGCGCGCACGCCGCUGUCGUCGGUGCCGGAGUCGAGCCGCCUCACGGAGUCGCCGCGGGACGCCGCGCCGUCGCCGCUCCCGUCGUCCCGCAACACGUCGAUGGGCACGCCCUCGCGGUUCCUCGCGACCACGCCGCCGGCGAGCCCGCUGCGCGUGCCGCAGGGCGUCGGCCGCGCGAUGGCGUCCGCGGCCGGCAACGGCGACGGGUACGAGUCGCCUGGGCCCGAGGGUCUGGGAAUCCCCGUCUCCGUGUUCACGCUGAGUCUGGGGCGCAGGAUGGACCCGGACCUGCUCACGAGCCACGAGCUCGCGUCCGGGAUGAACACCGCGCGGUCGGAGCUGUCGUCGUUCUCCGCCGACGCGCUGGGGGCCGCGUGGCCGGUGCCGCGGCUGGCGGUGGCGCGCGCGAUGGCGGCGGGCGACGACGACUGGAACCCGCCGUCGACGCUCCGCGCGCACGAGGUCGCGGACGACGUCGCGGUCACCGCGCGGGGUCCCCCGAGCUCGCGUCGCCCGCAGGGGGACCAGCGCCCGGCGGCGCGCAUGGUCGACCCGGCGUCGCCGGCGCGCGGGUACGCCGGCCGCGCCGCGGCGCAGAUCGAGCAGAUCAAGAGGAACGCGGACGGCCUGCGCCGGAAGCUCAGCGACGCGGACGCAGCGACCCCGUCGAGCUCCGCGUCGAUCCUCUCGCUCAGCACGGCGUGGACCGCGACGCCGCUGCCGCCGACGUCGGCGCUCGAGGGGCCGGACCCGACGUCGGAGCCGCGCUUCGCGCCCUCCGCGCCCUCCGCGGCGCCCGCGGCGAAGAAGAAGAAGAGCAGGAAGAAGAAGAAGGGCGCGAAGAAGAAGAAGGCCAAGGCGACCGCGGCGCCGCAGCCCGCGGCCCCGGCGGAGGACCCCACCCCCACGCCCCCCCCGGCGCCGCUGCGGUCCGUCUUCUCGCUCGCGGCGGCGCUCGAGCCGCGGUCGCUGAGCGCGUCGGGGCUCUGGCACUGCCCGUCGCCCGACGUGCGCGACAGCGGCGGCGAGCGGCGCCCGGCCGAGCGCCCGGCGGCCGAGGGCCCGGUGUCGCCCGUGCGUCGCCUCAGGACCCUCGAGGGGUUCAGGGCCGCGAUGGUGGACAUGGUGACGUCGCCGGAGCGCAAGGCGUGGCGCUCGGAGAGCGACAAGCUGCGCGCGGCGGGCGGCAAGGGGGACGCGAAGAAGGGCGGGGGGGGGUUCCGGAGGGUGUUUUCGCUGGGACGCAAGCACCAGGGCGCGCCGUCGUGA